CGUUAUUCACACCGGUCGUCUGUAUUGAACACAAAUAUAGUAAGUGCGUGCAUCUCGCACACAGCGUGGUUACAAUUAAAAGACGGUUUAAUACAUUCAACCCGAGUUUUUACAGUUAAAGAGACUGAUAUCAUUGCAAGAAGGUAGUAGCUGACAUUAUGAACAAAGCACCUCCUAACAGACGAGGAAUUAUAUUUGAGGUGGGUGCUGCUCUUGAAGCACGGGACAGUCUAAAGAAUUGGUACGCUGCUAACAUUGAGAAGAUUGAUUAUGAGGAUGAGAAGGUUCUCGUCCACUAUCGCCAGUGGAGCCAUCGCUAUGAUGAGUGGUUUGACUGGACCAGUCCCUAUCUGAGGCCAAUGGAGAGGGUUCAACUGCGGAGAGAGGGCCUGCAGGAAGACAGCUUCAUCCCCGGAUUUCAUGUGAAUGACAAAGUUCUUGCCAGUUGGUCCGAUUGCAGAUUUUAUCCCGCAAAAGUCUUGGCUGUGAAUAAAGAUGCAUCCUACACCAUUAAGUUCUUUGAUGGUGUCGUCCAGACAGUCAAAGGAAUACACGUCAAGCCCUUCACCAAAGAGAGAAGAAAGAAAUUAACUGACAGAAAUGGUGAGAAACAUGUAAAAAAGACAGAAAAGGACAAGAAAUUGCAGGAAAUAAUUGGCAGGGGUAAAGACAUGGUAGGACAGGCUGACCGGGUUCCGGAGGAAGAAGAGGGUGAGGUCUCUGAUGGAGAUGGAGAAAAAGGUGAAAAGAAGAAAAGAAGAAUUCAAUGCGGUAACACUGGUCAUAAGGAUGGAGAACACAGUGAAGUGGAAACUAUGAGUGUAAAGAAAGAAAAUGAGGGUGGAGAGAGAGUCUUAGAUCAAAUAAGGCAGCACAACUACUGUAAGUUAUUUCUAAAGGACUCAGGACACGAGGAGGCCAUGGUGAAGACGGAGGCCAAUUCUAUGGAGAUUGAUUUGCGUGUGAAGUGUAACAAUGGGGGGGAUGAGGGAAAUGAGGUUCAAGUAGAACAAAUGGAGGAGGAAAUCAAAGGACAAGUUCUUCCUUGUGACAGAAAGUCUCGGAGGCGGCGCAUAAGAGGGAAGAGGAGACUUUCAGUGGUGCGAAAGAGGAAGAAAACAGAUUCAAACUCAGAUAAAGGUUUUCAUAAUGAUUUGAAGCCCAUGCCUGCACUAACCAAUCAGAGACCACAAGAAAAAGGAACAGAGUCUGCGCCUUUACUUGUGAUACAACCGUCUAAUGGCACAAAAAUGCCUAAGGCUCUGUGCCAAUCAGAAACCUCCAAACCAACAGUCAGAAAACAAGCUUUCCGCAAUCCAAACCGGUUCAGCAGAGAGCCAUUGUACAGAGUAAUUAGAAACCAGCCACCACCUGUGCUCACAAUCAAUUUGGACCAUAAUCCAUAUAAAUGCAGUGCCUCUGGCUGUAAAAAGUCAUUCCGUAAAGCAAAACUCCUGCACUAUCAUAUGAAGUACUACCAUGGAGAUGAUCGUGUGAUAGAUGAGGAUCUCUGCAUGAAUGAAGGCAAGAAGACCAGGGCAAUAGACAAACAGGCAGCUCUUAUUAAUCAGUAUGGUUCUAAAAGGAGGUGCAUUGCGUUAUCUUCACUACGUGAGUUCAAGGCUGGUUCACAGAUGACUGUGAAGAGAUGCUCUGCAGCUCCGCCAGUCGUCAGUGCAAAAAAUUACCUGCAGUGGCCUUUGCUGAAGAAGAAGACCAGAGACCCGGAUUGCAACAUACAGAGGGGCUUCAACAAGGGAAGGGAGAGGAGAGUUUUGGAAAUGGCAGCAGGUGUGAAGGAACAUGACAGGCUGAAAGAGAAGAUUUCAAGAGAUAUCUUGCGUAUCAAGUUGAAGAGCAAGAAAAAGAUGAGAAAGACCACAUCAGAUGUGGACAGCAUUUCUGAUUGGUCCUCUGACAGCUUUGGGUGGAGUGAAGAUGAAAUAGGGGAAGACCUGGACAUUGGUCCCUCAACUCUCAGCUGUAGCUCAGUUGCAUCGACUACAGGAAGUGGGGAAAUUGUCCGCUGUGUGUGUGAAGUGGAAGAGGAAAUUGACUUCAUGUUACAAUGUGAAGAGUGUCAGUACUGGCAACAUGGAACCUGUAUGGGCCUCCUAGAAGAGAACAUUCCAGAAAGAUAUGCUUGCUUUCUUUGCCGCGAUUCUCCAGGACAGAUCAGAGGUCAGAGGUCAAGUCUGCGAUACUGGUGUGACAGGGACUGGCUUAGCAGUGGUCAUAUGUAUGGCCUCUCUUUCCUGAAGAACUACUCUCAUCAGAACGGCAAGAAGAUUGCAACCACUCAUCAGCUAUUAGGGGACGUUCAGCAUGUGGUGGAAGUGCUCAAUGGUCUACAGCUCAAAAUCAGUGUCCUACAGAGCCAGGCUCAUCCAGACCUUAAGUUGUGGCGCCAGCCUUGGAAACUGGCCGAGAGAUCCAGAAUGAAAAGCACUGCUCUCUUAGAUGCAAAAACAGUUUCUUCUUUGGCACCCUCAGAAGCUGCUCUAUGUAAAGAGCCUUUACCUUCAUCCUUCCAGGACUACAUUAGCAGUGAGCACUGUUACCAAAAGCCAUUUGUAUUGCACCAGGUACUGGAGCCAAAACUGGUACUGAAGACACAAGUCGGCCCAGAGCUUGAAGAAAGAUUGCACAACACUGAGAGACUGCUGAAGAAUGGACAACAUAAUAAUGGAGAGUUUCAACCAGCACUACUGAAGACUUCUAAUACUCAGCUGUCCAACCUCAGCAAGCAUGAGGUAGGUGCUGAUGGAGGAGGGGUUAAUGGCGGAGCUCAGCAGCAGCAGUGGAGGAUCAACCUACUGGAGCAUAUUGAGACAGUACAGGAAGACGUCAUUCACAGAAUGGACUUCAUUGAAAGGGAGCUGGAUGUGCUUGAAAACUGGCUGGACUGCACAGGUGAGUUGGAGCCUCCAGAGCCACUGGACCGUCUGCCUGAACUCAAGCAUAGCAUCAAACAGCUGCUGAAUGAACUGGGCAAGGUGCAGCAGAUUGCUCUGGCUUGUGCCACAUGAGAGCGCCAGAGAGCAUUUUACUGUCAUCACUGGACUACCUCACAUUGAUACAUUCCUGAUCCAGGCCACAAACCAAAGACCAAACGAGCAGACUGAACAAAGUAAAUCUGUAUAUGCUGGUGGUUUCAGGGUCUGUGAUUCUGACUGUGGAAUAAAGACUUUGAAAUGUAUGCAGCUUUAUCACCUACCCUGUUUAGAACAAAUGUUAUUCUGUCCUUUUCAUCCUUUCUGUUUAACUGAAAGUAAACGUGCAGUCAUUAAAAUGCAUAAGUAUGUUUGCUGAAGGAGUUUCCAAAGGAUUAUACAAUGCAUAGCAUGCUCCAAUGUCUUAAUAUUUUUACACUUAGUAUGUACACAAACAUGUAUAUACCAGUUUUUUUUUUCUUUACAUUCAUUUUUAGAACUAAAAUUGUGUUGUGUAUUUUUUUUUUUUUCUACACUUACCUUAUUUGGAUAGUGAAAAUAAGGAUUGGUCUCUUUAAAAGGCGAGUUACCCUUAACCUCUAUUUAACUGGACUGGGUUUAAAGUAAAACAUACACAUUGAAACAACAACAACAUUGUCUCUGUGCUCCAUUGCAUUUAAUGGAACUUAUGCUUAGAC